GUUGUCGUAUUAGAGUUUGCGGCUUGUGUAUGGUCUAUCCUGAUGUCAAUCACUUGACGCAGCGGGGCUCCUGGCUGUAGAGUUAAGCUAAUUAUUCUGGUUGUUCCUGGAGGGCCUGAAGUAGUGAGUGUCAGGUGAUUGAGGCCGCGUUUGUUGGCUUGAGCCUCUAAAUCAUGCCUACAACUCAGCAGUCACCUCAAGAUGAACAGGAAAAGUUGCUUGAUGAAGCUGUUCAGACUGUUAAGGUCCAGUCUUUUCAAAUGAAACGAUGCUUGGACAAGAAUAAGUUGAUGGAUGCAUUAAAACAUGCUUCAAAUAUGCUUGGUGAACUGCGGACUUCCAUGUUGUCACCAAAGAGUUAUUAUGAACUCUACAUGGCAAUUUCAGAUGAAUUGCAUUAUUUGGAAGUUUACCUGACUGAUGAAUUUGCCAAAGGGAGAAAGGUGGCUGACCUGUAUGAACUUGUUCAGUAUGCUGGCAAUAUUAUUCCAAGGCUCUAUUUGCUCAUCACCGUCGGAGUUGUCUACAUUAAGUCAUUUUCACAGUCCAGGAAGGAUAUUCUUAAGGAUCUGGUAGAAAUGUGUCGUGGAGUACAGCAUCCAUUACGAGGGCUAUUCUUGAGGAAUUAUUUGCUUCAGUGUACCAGAAAUAUUUUGCCUGAUGAAGGGGAAGAGACAGAAGAAGUUGUAACUGGAGACAUCAAUGAUUCUAUGGACUUUGUGCUACUGAACUUUGCAGAAAUGAACAAACUCUGGGUGCGAAUGCAGCACCAGGGUCACAGCAGAGACCGUGAAAAACGUGAACGUGAGCGUCAAGAACUAAGAAUUCUUGUUGGUACAAAUCUAGUCCGACUUAGUCAGCUGGAAGGGGUUAAUGUGGAGCGGUACAAACAGAUUGUAUUAACUGGAAUAUUAGAGCAAGUUGUAAACUGCAGAGAUGGUUUGGCUCAGGAGUAUCUGAUGGAAUGUAUUAUUCAGGUAUUCCCUGAUGAGUUUCAUUUGCAGACAUUGAAUCCAUUCCUUCGUUCUUGUGCAGAGCUCCACCAAAGUGUUAAUGUUAAAAACAUAAUCAUUGCAUUAAUUGACAGGUUGGCUUUGUUUGCACAUCGUGAAGAUGGUCCUGGAAUCCCUGCUGAUAUAAAGUUGUUUGACAUAUUUUCUCAGCAAGUAGCUACGGUGAUCCAGUCAAGACAGGAUAUGCCAUCUGAAGAUGUGGUAUCAUUACAAGUGUCUCUUAUCAACUUGGCCAUGAAGUGUUAUCCUGAACGGGUGGACUAUGUUGAUAAGGUUCUUGAAACUACUGUGGAGAUUUUCAACAAACUUAAUCUUGAACAUAUUGCUACUAGCAGUGCAGUUUCUAAAGAGUUAACACGGCUUCUAAAGAUUCCCAUCGACACCUACAACAAUAUACUUACGGUCCUGAAGUUGAAACACUUCCAUCCUUUGUUUGAAUACUUUGACUAUGAAUCACGCAAAAAUAUGAGCUGUUACAUACUGAGCAAUGCUCUUGAGUACAAUACAGAAAUAGUUGGUCAGGAACAGGUGGAUGCCAUACUGAACCUGGUAUCGACAUUGAUUCAAGAUCAGCCUGAUCAGCCAGCAGAAGAUCCUGACCUGGAAGAUUUUGCUGAAGAACAAAGCCUUGUUGGUAGAUUCAUCCAUUUAUUUCAAUCUGAGGAUCCUGACCAGCAGUACCUGAUUUUAAACAGUGCCAGAAAACACUUUGGUGCUGGUGGAAAUCAACGCAUUCGUUUUACUUUACCACCAUUGGUUUUUGCUGCUUAUCAGCUGGCAUUCUGCUAUAAAGAGAAUUCAAAAGUGGAUGAAAAAUGGGAAAAGAAGUGCCAGAAGAUAUUUUCUUUUGCCCAUCAGACCAUCAGUGCCCUGAUCAAAGCAGAGCUUGCAGAAUUACCCCUUCGCCUAUUUCUGCAGGGAGCACUUGCAGCUGGGGAUAUUGGAUUUGAGAAUCAUGAAACUGUAGCUUAUGAGUUUAUGUCACAGGCAUUCUCUUUGUAUGAAGAUGAAAUCAGUGAUUCCAAGGCACAACUGGCAGCGAUCACAUUAAUAAUUGGAACAUUCGAACGAAUGAAGUGUUUUAGUGAAGAGAACCAUGAGCCUUUGAGGACACAAUGUGCACUGGCUGCUUCAAAGUUGCUUAAAAAGCCAGAUCAGUGUCGUGCUGUCAGCAUCUGCGCUCAUUUAUUUUGGUCUGGACGAAACACGGAUAAGAAUGGCGAAGAGAUCCAUGAUGGCAAGAGAGUAAUGGAGUGCCUUAAGAAGGCUUUGAAGAUAGCUAAUCAGUGCAUGGAUCCAUCAUUACAAGUACAGCUAUUCACUGAAAUCCUUAAUCGAUAUAUAUAUUUUUAUGAGAAAGAAAAUGAGGCGGUGACAAUUCAAGUCUUAAAUCAGCUUAUUCAAAAAAUAAGAGAAGAUCUUCCGAACUUAGAAUCCAGUGAAGAAACUGAGCAAAUUAACAAACACUUUCACAACACACUGGAGCACCUGCGUCUGCGGAGAGAAUCACCUGAAGCUGAUGGACCAAUUUAUGAAGGUCUUGUGUUGUAACUUAGCAUCACAUAAAAUUAUAGAUUCCAGAAAACAAAUUAAAAUCUUUAUCACACCUCUUCCUUCUCUGUCGUAGAUGGUAAUGGAAUGUGCCUUUUAGACAUGCCAAGACAAUAGGAUUGCCAUUGAAUUGUAUCAUAUUAUUUUCUAUCUAUUGACCAGUACUUUCAAGGAAGACAUUCCUUUAAAUUUAGCCAGUGAAACUAAAAAUAUUACAAGAUGUGAUUGAAGGACAUUUUAUCUUUCAUAGCAUGAUUAACUCGCAUCCAUUUCAACUUGAGCAAAGAUUAAUCACGAUGACUAAAUUGAUCUUUUAAAAAAAUUUUAUUACAAUUUAGUUGAAUUCCUGAACAUUGCUUAAGAAUCUGUUUAAACUUCUGCAGUGGUUCACUAAGUUUUGCCACUUUAUUUAAAAGCCAUUGCUUUAUUUACAUGGAAUAUCUACAUGUGCAAAAUGUUUUCUCAUGAUUUCAGGUUAUUAAAUAUCUUAUUGGAUGGAAGAGUAAAUGUUUGUGAAGGAAUUAAGUAUGAAUUAGAUCAUAUGGAUGUGGUUAAUGGGUCCAGUCACCUCUGGAAAGUGUAAAAUUGUAACUAUCUUUUACAAAAUGCAAAAAUUUCAGCUGUAUGAAUUGAAAACCAAGGAAUUACAUUGUAUUUAUGAGUAUUACAAGCAAGUUUCUUGAGUUAAUUAGUAAUUAAUCCUUCAUAAUAUAUUGAUGUUGCUGUUUUCUUUAGAAACAAAGUUUAUAAUCACACCACACUAAACUAGACUGAUAUUUGUUGCUCUUCCAUGGGCAUAAUCUUUUAACACAAUUGUUACAACAUUUUCCUACUUUACAAUAUAUUGUAAUAUGCAGAACAAUUUAGCCAAUUGAGAUUUGGUGUACUGGAACUAGGAUAAAAUUCUUAAAUGUAUCAUUAAAUGAACUAAAACAGGUUGUAUUUUGUGUUCCAUUUUGUAAAUGCAACUAAGUACUUUCACAUUGUAAUGAAAACCUAAGUAUUGGACAAGUAGACAAGCUUUCCACAUUGAAAUUUUCAGUCCAGUUCAUUGUACCACAUUUUUUUAUUCAUCUCCUUUGCAGCAUUUAAAACAAAACAAUCAUAAUCUGGAAAUGGAGAGUCCCAGAGUUCAGCAUGUUUAUCCAAUGAAUAAUUUCACCAUAUAGACUAGGAAAGUUUUCUAGAUGGUCAUUUUUUCCUCUUAACUGGAAUGCAAGUCUAGUUCUGCUUUUAACUAUGGUUCCCUUGACUAGGAAAAAAUGUUGGGCAAGUUUUCAGCUUCAGUUUGCGGUUCAUAAACUCUGCUGGGAGUACAAAAAUUUGGACUUUGAGAAAAGAUUAUUUGAUUGCAAUGCCUCAAGUUGCAUAUCCCUCUAAACAUUCAUUAUCUAUGGCCAUUGGUGCUCUUUGGAUCACAGUUUAUUCAGGAGCAGAUUGCAUUGAAAAAGUUGACAGUGAUGCAGGGAGGGGAAAUGGUGAUUUGUUUUGUUUUAAAUAUUUAUUCAAACUUUAUUGAAACCAGUAAAGUUUUAUGUCACGUAGUCAUUACAUAAAGUUUGUAACCUGGAUGGUGCUGACUUUUUGACAUAACAUUGAAUGGACUUGAGUACCAAUAGUUUCCAUUUUUGCUUCUAGAACACUAGCGGACAAGAGAAUCCAACAAUCAAAUUUUGCAAUAGCCAUGUGAAUUUUGUCCUUUUAUUGAUCUCAAGGACUGAAUGUAAAAACAGUAAAGAUAUGUAAGAGUUCUAUCUGCCUCAGUGAUUGAAUUAUGCCACAGGAAGCAUCAAACUGAUCAAAUUAUACAAAACCCAAAUGCAAUUCUUUUGAUGUUCUAUGCCAGCAGAUAGUAAGAUUCUGCUUCUGGUUACUUUGAUCAAAGGUAGGCAGUUAUUUUGUAUAUGGUGGUGCCUAAUUUCAUGUAAAUUUGUUUUUAUAGGCAUCUUUCUUUAUGGAAAUUCAUAACUGCCAAUUGUUUCUGCUUGCCCUCAUGGUUUAUCACCUAAAUAGAUAAGGGGAUCUGCUUAGUAAUUAGGACAUAUAGCAAGCUGCACACCACUCUUUAAAUGAAAAUGUAAAAGGAAAGCAAAAUUUACCCCACUGAAUGUGCUAGAUGUUUUUUCUAGAAAUAAUAAAUUAGUUUACACAAUGUAGAUAAGAAAUGUGUUUCAGCAUUUUGCAUCUUUAAGAAACUACAGAUAAAGCGCCUCAAAUUGAACAAAAAAUCAUCUAUAAAGAUUGGAAGCUGAGUACUGAAACCAGGGUAAUUUACAUGUUUGAACUUCUAAAGAACAACUUCUUUAAAGCUUUCCAAUUGUCUGUCUAAGUCUACAAAUGGCACAUGUUUUUUUUUUAGUAUUUGCCUUGUAAUAUACAGCAGUUAAGCAGGUGACCUAGGGUGAAAGAUUUCAUGCAUUUUAAGGGUAGGGUUUGUCUUGAUUAGCAGGAUGAGAAUUACUCCAUGAAUUGCACUGCUUUUGGUGAGUUCAUGACCUAAUUUGUGUUUUUCUUCCUAAAUUUGUUGGUCAGUUUCCUUAAUCUUUGUUGAAACUAUUGCAUUGUCUAUUUUAGAUAUUGAUAUUGCUUCUUCCCUAGAAUGCUUACUCUUUAUAUUCUGCUAAAGGUAUAGUUGUAGUGUUGAAUUCUAUAGUAGUUAUAAGACUCUAUUCUAAAAUUAGGCACAUUGUAUACUUCACAAAAUCUUGAGCUGCUAAAUUGAUUAAAAAGGUUGUGUUCCCUGUAUUCGGAUGUAUUUGUAUACAUGUAUCCUUGCAACUGAGCAUGUAUUCAUUUCCCACUUGAGAAAUGAAAUAUACUUUUGGAAAUCACUGUAACAUACUUGUAAGCUUUAUAAUUCCUUUGUAAAUUAACUGAAGUAUUAUGGUCAAUGUAUUCAACAAAACCUAUUAAAAUGCUUGACCGAG